AUGUUCCGCACCGCCGUUGUCGCCCUCCUCGCCGUCUCGAUCGUCUCCGCCGCCGUCCUGCCGCCUUCGCAGGCUUCCCUCGCCUGCAUCACUUGCGUCGCCACCGUGAAGGGAGUCGAGGCCAAGGCGCUCUCCGAGGGAGGCUCCGUCGCCAAGCACGACGUCGACGCGAUCUGCCUGAAGGAAGUGCCGACGCAUUCGGCCGAACAUCUCUGCGAGGAGUACGGAGAGCACGAGAUCGAUGUGAUGAUCACCCUCAUCAAGCAGGACGUGCCGCCGAAGACCAUCUGCCAAGAACUCAAGAAGUGCUAG